AUGGAUUUUCCCAAUGACAAAGCAAUAUUGAAAAAAGUGAUACGAACACUUAAGGGUAUAUAUAAAGAGUCAAUGAUAGAAAAUUUUGUUGUUUAUCAUGGAUUAAUACUACCUGAUAAAGAUAUUGAACAAUUAAAAAAUUCAGUUGGGAAAUAUGUUUCGACAAAUGGAUUCCUGUCAACCAGUUUGAGUCAAUCGGUAGCCAAAAUGUUUGCUACAAAUGUUUUGUUUAAAACGGAAAUUGAUUAUUCAAUAAAAAAUACGAUUUAUGCUGAUAUAUCUCAGAAGAGUGUUAAUCAACAUGAAGAGGAAGUUUUAUUCGAUUUGGGUUCACUAUUUCAAAUUAUAAAUGCACAUUUUGUGGAAAAAAUUGGAUUAUUACAAUAA